CAGAGUUUGCCAUCUUACGAGUGGGAAGUGAAUUUACAGUCUGCUGAUCUAGAUUUAAAAGUAACGGAAAACCCAGCUUAUGGACUAUCUUCAAAAAAUUGGUUGGAAAUUACCAAAAGCAAAAAUGAUGCUAAUCUCUCCCUCGAAAACGUAGAUCAGACUAUGGAAUGUGCAUCCAACCAAAGUGAAAGAAAAGAACAUUAUGAUCAAUCCAGCGACUACAUAAAAUCGGAGCCUGAAGUCGAUGCCAAUAGUGCUAGUCAGAAAGACCCAGACUGUGAUGAAAAUACCGUGCCUAUAAAAAUGAAUCAAUUAAAUAUGCCAACAUCAAACUACGUUCCACAGUGCAAAAUAGAUUUCAGAUCUAAAUGCACGGAUGACAGUAAUGAUACUUCGAAGGUCGAAACAAAUCAUUCUGGUGAUCAAAAGCAAACUGGUCUUACUUGGUCGGUACUUAGACACCGGCAAUUAAGUGGUGAUGCUCUAAGAAACUGUGAUAAAUCUAAUUCUUGUGUGAUAGAACAUUCUGGUUGUGAUAAACUUCAAUUAGAUGGCCAAAUAGAUAGUCAGGAAAACCCAGUAGAUUUUAAUACAAUGGCCAAACCAAAACGGAACAUUAAAGAUCGAUCUUUCCCGCUUUCGCUUAUGAGACCAAUUACCAAAAUCAGUGAUAAAAAAAGCGAAAUACUUCCCCAGCCACUUUUUAGUCAUGGCAACAAAAAUGAUCUAUCUAGACAACAUAUAGUUCAAAGGACUGCCCGAGAUAAGUUUCAGAACAUGAGGACAAACAAGGAUAAACUUGAUGACAAAUCAAAGAAGCUAACAAAUGAUGUUCUGGACAUGAAUAACCCACUAUCAGAAAUUUCUCAAAUUAAGACCGAAGAAAGCAUUCAAGAGUGGUUAGCAAGAAUUGGUGAGUCAGCGAAUAACACUUGGCCAGAUGAUAAAGAAAAGAAAGAUAAAUCGCAACGCUUUCCACCUUGGAGCUUAGAAAACAUUAUAGACGUAAGGGAAAACUCAAAUACAGUACAGCUUAAGCAACGAAACAACCAUGAAACAGACAACCUUUUCUUAGACAAAAGUACACAGCAUUCUACUGAAAUGUGCCGCAACCGCCCUUGCCAAAAUCGUAAAGAACAGCAAGAAUUUGAAGAAAUAAACUACUGCGUAAAAACGUCGACUAGCGAAGAUAUCGACGCAAACAGGUUGCUAUGCAAUGCAUCGAAAGCCUCUCCAGCUAAUGUACCGAUGGUAGUCAUGCAGUGUUCUAGAUUACAUUCACACAUAGGAUGCAAACCGCCAUUUCAACAAACUUCCUUGCCAAUGGGUACAUUAGUGACGGCGCUAUACCAAGAAUCAGACUGGCUAUAUGUUCAGACACCACACGGCGUCGAAGGUUUUGUGACUGCAUCAAACUGCUUACCUAUCGGAAAAAUUAGCGAUCCAGCUCAAACCUCUAGACGUCCUUGGGAACCUUGCGAUUUUCCAAUUCAGAGUAGCAUGCGUAACAACUGUGAAUUUGGACGCCAGCAAGGAUCUUACAUUCAAGCAAAAUUACCAACAAAUAACUGUAAGCAAGCAGUACCUUACGUUAGUACUGUGAAGAUGAAAACAAAUUUUUAUAGUGAUAGAUAUUUCAGCCAUACUUUCAAAUCUAAGGAUUCCAUAAAAACUGCAAAAACUGUCACUGAUAUCUUACGUAGUUCUCCAGACACUAAAGUGUCUAACCAAUUGCAAGACUUUCACUGAAUAUGAGAUCUAAGUCAUGAUAUAGUUCAUACUGUGCUUGCAUCUUGUCAACUACUAGGCAUUAUUUAGCUACAUACCAGUUUCAAUUUGUAUGUUUAUAUUGUGAUAAAUGUGAUAGACAAUAUUUAAGUGGUUUAAAAUUAUAGAAUAUAAUUUUUUUAUUCAAAUAAUAUGCAAAUUUAAUUUUUUUAAAUAUAUUUCAGAAUUAGAGUAGCACAUUUUGGAACAACUUCAAUUAGUAUAUUUAUGAACUACCUUCAGCAGUAUUGUUUAAAAAAAUUAAAUAAGUUAAUAAAACUGAUAUUUUAUUUAUAUCAAUAUAUAAUAUGAAUCUUAAGAAAUAAAUUGUUCUCUAAAUGUUAAGGAACAAAAAGAUUUUAGGGCAGACAUUUCAAAGCGGGGAAGGCAGGAAAUGGGAAAAUUAGAAAUACAGAACAUGUAAACAGUUUACUGCAUAUUACAAAAGUUGUACAUGUCGUACUCCUUAAAAAAAAAAAAAAAAAAAAAAAAAAAAAAAAAAAAAAAAAAAAAAAAA